CCUUCUCUUUUCUUCCUUCCCCCAGUUUUCCCUCCACUACCCUUAAUUGUCCCUCUUUGGGCUGUCCCUCUACCGUCUCUUUCCUCUCUCUUAAUCAAUCCCCCUUUUCUUCCCCCGUAUCUCUCUCACGACCGCUCUUUGGGUGCCACCCCCACCUUCCGCCACCAUGGAUGGAAUCAAGAACGCGUUUGCCAGAGCCAAGCAGGAGAAGCGUGCCGCUCUGGUCGCUUACUUCACUGCAGGUUAUCCCACCAUUGAAGAGACGGUAGAUGUGCUUCUGGGUCUGGAAAAUGGAGGCGCUGAUAUCAUCGAAAUGGGUGUGCCCUUCACCGACCCCAUCGCAGACGGACCGACCAUUCAGAAGGCCAACACCCAGGCAUUGGCCAAUGGCGUUACUAUCCCCAUCGUUUUGGACAUGGUCCGCACCGCCAGAAGCCGGGGUCUCCGGGCACCCGUUCUUCUGAUGGGCUACUACAACCCUCUGAUGCAGUAUGGCGAGGAGCUUAUGCUUAAGCAUUGCAAGGAAGCCGGUGUCAAUGGCUUCAUCAUGGUCGAUCUCCCUCCUGAGGAGGCUGUCCGCUUCAGAGAUCUGUGCGCUAGCGCUGGUCUGUCUUACGUCCCCCUCAUUGCCCCCGCCACCUCCGAGUCCCGCAUGAAGCUCCUCUGCAAGAUCGCCGAUUCCUUCAUCUACGUCGUCUCCAGAAUGGGUGUCACCGGUGCCACCGGAAAGCUCAGCGCGAACUUGCCCGAUCUCCUGUCUCGUGUUCACACCUGGUCCGGCAAUGUCCCGACCGCUCUGGGAUUCGGUGUCAGCACCCGCGAGCACUUCCUGUCCGUCCAGAACAUCUCCGAGGGUGUCGUUAUUGGUAGCCAGAUCAUCACCGUAUUGGGUGACGCCCCUGCCGGCCAGGCGGCUCAGAAGGCCCAAGAAUACCUCUCCGGUGUUACCGGUCGUAAACUUGAGAGAGAUGCUCAGGGCACUGUGACUGGCUCUGUCAACGUGCUCGAUCCCGUUCUCAAGGAGGCCCCUCCCGCACUGUCUCAGCCCACCGAUGUCAUCACCAACGACGACACGCCCGCUGGCCCUGGUCUGGUUGAUCAGAUCGAGGCUCUUAACGGCUCUGGCGACCCGGCUCUCAUCCCAUCUCGUUUCGGCGAGUUCGGCGGUCAAUACGUCCCCGAGUCCCUCAUGGACUGCUUGGCCGAGCUCGAGCGUGGUUUCGAGGUCGCGCGCAACGACCCCAAGUUUUGGGAAGAAUACCGCUCCUACUACCCAUACAUGGGUCGCCCCAGCAGUCUCCAUCUUGCCGACCGUCUCACGGAGCACGUUGGCGGUGCCAACAUUUGGCUGAAGCGUGAGGACCUCAACCACACCGGAAGUCACAAGAUCAACAACGCUCUCGGUCAGAUCCUUCUCGCCCGGAGACUGGGUAAGACCAGAAUCAUUGCGGAAACUGGAGCCGGCCAGCACGGUGUCGCCACUGCCACCGUCUGCGCCAAGUUCGGCAUGGAGUGCGUCGUCUACAUGGGUGCUGAGGAUGUCCGUCGUCAGGCCCUCAACGUCUUCCGUAUGAGACUGCUCGGUGCCUCCGUCGUUGCUGUCGACGCUGGAAGCCGUACUCUGCGUGAUGCCGUCAACGAGGCCCUCCGUGCGUGGGUUGUUGAUCUGGAUACCACUCACUACAUCAUCGGUUCCGCCAUCGGUCCUCACCCCUUCCCGACCAUCGUCCGUACCUUCCAGUCCGUUAUCGGUGAUGAGACCAAGGAGCAGAUGAAGGCCCUCAUCGGCAAGCUGCCCGAUGCUGUCGUCGCCUGCGUUGGUGGUGGCAGUAACGCCGUGGGCAUGUUCUACCCCUUCUCGAACGACCCCAGCGUCAAGCUCGUCGGUGUUGAGGCCGGAGGUGACGGCGUCGAUACCGAGCGCCACUCUGCCACUCUCUCCGGCGGCAGCAAGGGUGUCUUCCACGGUGUCCGCACCUACGUUCUCCAGGACAAGCACGGUCAGAUCUCCGAGACGCACUCCAUCUCCGCCGGUCUCGACUACCCCGGUGUCGGUCCCGAGCUCAGUAACUGGAAGGACAGUGACCGCGCCAGCUUCAUCGCCGCCACUGACGCCGAAGCCCUGACUGGAUUCCGCGCCCUCGCCCAGACCGAAGGUAUCAUUCCUGCUCUGGAGUCCUCCCACGCCGUCUUCGGCGCCAUGCAGCUCGCCAAGUCCAUGAAGAAGGGCGACAACAUCGUCCUCAACCUGAGCGGCAGAGGUGACAAGGACGUCCAGAGCGUCGCCGACGAACUGCCCCGCCUCGGCCCCAAGAUCGGUUGGGACCUGCGCUUCUAAGCGUCACAUCUCCAUCACCACCCCCCUCUCCCUCCUACCUACCUACCCCCCUCCCCCACCCUAUCCUAGAGCUGUUUAGACC